AGAGGAGCGUGAGUGGGCCUAUCAAGAAGAGCCAGGGGGCGGGCUCGAGCUGCCCAUUGGCCGAAGGCUCUUCACUCGGGCCGCAGGCGGACGGAGCGGAGGAAGCGGCCGCGAGGCGGGCAACCUGCGGGAGGGAUGGAGGCGGUGGCCGAGCCUGGAAACCUGUCUGGCGUCCGGCACAUCGUCCUCAUCCUCUCGGGAAAGGGGGGCGUCGGGAAAAGCACCAUCUCCACCGAGCUGGCCCUGGCCCUGCGUCACGCAGGCAAGAAGGUGGGGAUCCUCGAUGUGGACCUGUGUGGCCCCAGCAUCCCCCGCAUGCUCCGGGCACAGGGCAGGGCCGUGCACCAGUGUGACAGUGGCUGGGUGCCCGUCUUCGUGGACCAAGAGCAGAAGGUCUCUCUCAUGUCUGUGGGUUUCCUGCUGGAGAAGCCGGAUGAAGCUGUGGUGUGGAGAGGCCCCAAGAAGAACGCUCUGAUAAAGCAGUUUGUGUCUGACGUCGCCUGGGGACAGCUGGACUAUCUGGUUGUGGACACGCCCCCAGGAACCUCUGAUGAGCACAUGGCUGCCGUGGAAGCCCUCCGACCCUACAGCCCCCUGGGGGCCAUCGUGGUCACUACGCCCCAGGCGGUGUCCGUGGGGGAUGUGAGGCGGGAGCUGACCUUCUGUAGGAAGACAGGGCUGCGCGUGAUCGGCAUCGUGGAGAACAUGAGCGGCUUUGUCUGCCCACACUGCACCGAGUGCACCAACGUCUUCUCCAGGGGAGGCGGUGAGGAGCUGGCCAGACACGCCGGAGUCCCCUUCCUAGGCUCUGUGCCCCUGGACCCCAAGCUCACGAGGAGCCUGGAGGAGGGCCGAGACUUUAUCCAAGAGUUCCCCCACAGCCCUGCCUUUCAAGCACUCUCCGCCAUAGCCCAGAAGGUUUUGGAGACACCGGCCCAGCUCUCCUGACCAAGGCCUCUCCUGGCGCCACUGUGGGGCUGCGGCUCACACUCAGCAGAGGUCCUGGGUGCGGUUCCUGGAACCUGCGGGGCUGGCCUGUGGGGCUGUCACUGUGUGGACCUCCCCCUGCCCGGGCCCUUGGGAGGCGUUUGG